UUAUAACUUUAGCUAUUAAAUUCCUAUUAAUAAAUAAAUUUCAAACUUGAAUCACAGAAAAUUUCCAUUAGUGUUUUUGCGUGACGUAAAGUACACAAUAAAUUGCGUUGAUUUUGUUGAGGUUAUGUAGAUGGUGGAAGAUUGAGGUUGUGUUUGAAUUUUAUACCUCUUUGGCCAGUGUAUAUAUGUAUAGAUUUAUAGACGUAAAUAUUUAAAUGUUCAUUGUUAUUUACCCAUUUUUUAAAAGAAUUUUAUAAAAAUGUCAGAAUAUGAAAAAGUGCGAACUGGAAAGCUUAAACUUAAAGGUGAAAAAAAGAAAUCCAAAAAACGGAAACAUAAACAACAAUCUCAAGAUGAUAAAAAUUUGGAAAUCAAAGAUGAUGAUUCAGCUCAACAUGGUGGAUGGUGGAAAAUUAAUAAUUUUGGUGAUAUAACUGGAACAGUAGCUAUUCAAUUUGGUAAUCAAACUUACAUUAAGGCAUUAGACAAUGGUUUAUUUACUCUUGGAGCACCACACGACGAAGGAGAUGGCCCAUCACCUGAAGAAAUUCUCACUGCAUUCCGAAUUAACGAUACGAAAAUUGCACUAAAAUCUGGCUACGGAAAAUAUAUUGGAGUUGAUAAAAGAGGUAUGGUUAUUGGUAGAAAUGAUGCUGUUGGAGCUAUGGAACAAUGGGAACCAAUUUUUCAAGAUGGAAAGCUUGCUAUUCUAGGGAAUAAUAACUGUUUUAUGUCAAUAACUGAAGAAGACGAUGUAGUAUGUACAAGUAAGACUGCUGGGUCUACAGAGUUUCUGUGUAUUAGAAGCAUAAUUCAACGAAUCGAUGAUCCGAACAAAGGAAUACCAAUAGAAGAGCAAGGAUCAGUUGCAGAAGUUGAAGUUAAUUAUGUACGAAAAUUUCAAAAAUUUCAAGAUAAAAAAUUACGAAUAAAUAAUGAAGACCGAGGAAAAUUAGAAACAGCAAAGGCAGAAGGAAAUCUACAUGAAACUUUACUUGACAGAAGAAGUAAAAUGAAAGCUGAUCGAUAUUGUAAAUAAUAUAAAAAAAUAACUACCAAUUGUUCAUAAAUUCACCAUAAUAUGAUAUAAUACACAGUAAAAUUGGCACUUAACAUUUUAUUUUACUCAACUUGGAAAUGUCAAUUUAUGUUGAUGAACAAUGAUAUAAAAAAAUGUCCAUUAGGUAUCAAUGUGUAUGAUAAAGUACAGAUGUUUCUCAUAAGUGAAAUAAAACUUUUUUGCAAAAAUCAAAAA